AUUUUAUUGUUUAUGAUUUAUACGUUUAGUCCUUGCGACUGCCAGACUCAUCUCUUUUUAAACAUUUUCGAUUUGGAAUCAAAUGUAAAUGAUGAGCAAGGAAUAAUAGAUCAAUUAAGUGAUGUUUAUCAAAGAACUUCUUGGGAUAAAUCGCACAUUUCAAUUAGCUACUUAUUACUCUCACUCAAUGAUAAUAAUAUUGGAAUUGUAAAAAAAGAGUUAAUACAGCAUGAUUUGCUAAGAUUUAAAGAGCUGUUUUCUCAUUAUAUUAUCCAAGGUGUACUACAUCCAACACAUUUAGACAAAAAUUCAAAUGUUUAUGCAGCUUUGAUUGCUGUCAUAAAUCUUGUAAUCCCUGAGAUAGGAAAAUUAGUUUUGGACAGGUCAAUGGGAUUGUUCAAAUUAACUUAUCAUAUAUUACAUGAAAACAUUUAUGAUUAUUCAAAGUUCAUUGGGUAUUUGAUUAGUCAUGGUGUUGCUGAUACAAAGGUGGCUGUAGAAUUGGUUACACAUGUCUUUGAACGAGAAGAGACUUUGUUUUCAGUUGAAAUAGUUCUUACACUUUUGGAAAUAUGUGGUAAACAAAUAAAUAGAGUCUUUAAAAAGUGGUUGAAUGAAAUAUUUGAUAAAAUUCACAAUUUUAUAAAUGAUGAACUAAAUGAUGAUGAGGUUGACAAUAGUUUAAAUUUGAGAAUAUUAAAAUUACGCAAAACUGAAUUCAAGUUCACAUCAACUGAUUUCGUACCAAAUUUUGACUAUCAAAUCACUCAUUUUUUAACUAUAGACUCUGUUUCUUUUAUGACAUCAAAUCCAAUAGAGUAUCGUUUUGAUCCUGAAAUUGAAACAAAUGAAAAAAUGUAUAAAAAUAUGGUGUCAAAACUAUUACACGAAUAUGAUGCUGAAGAAGAAUAUAGAUGCGAGUUUGCAGUUAAGUUUACGUAUAAUUUUAUUCCUGAACAAAGAUUGAGCAAAAUUAUAAGACAGAUUAAUAAAAUAGAAAUAGAUAUAAAUGUGGUAUCAUUAAAAAAGAUGUGUCUAAGAACGUUUAUAAACACAAUGCUAGACUCAUCGAUAGUUUAUAAAGGUUUUUAUCAAAAAUUCAUGAUGAUACCUGGUCAAGAAAUGGACAUUUGUUUUAUGCUUUUGGACUGUUGUUGUAAAAGGGAUACGUAUGAAGAUGAUUUUGGACUUCUAGCAAAAAAAUUCUGUGAAACAAACAAUUUAUAUAUUGAGAUGAUGAAAGUUCUUUUUUUGCACAGCUAUGUAAAUAGCUACAAAUUUGAUUCACUCAAAUCAUCUAUCAUUGCUGAAUUUUUUGCACAUCUAAUUAUAAUUGAUGUGUUACCUAUCAAUUAUUUAGCACCAGUAGGUGCUCAAUUAGAUUCUCCAAACAGAACGUAUGCCAUACUUCUUGCUGAAGCAGUAGAUUAUAGAUACCAUAAUCGUAAGUAAAUAUCCAUUAGUAAAAGUUUGUAAACUAUAACUCAGUUUAUUAAUUAUCAU